CUAAGUCCUAAUGAUUUCUUUACUUUCCCGAAAAUUAAAAACAGACUGCGUGGUCAAAGGUUCCAGUCACCAGAAGAAGCAGUUGACGCAUUCAAAAGUGCCGUUUUGGAUCUGCCAGCUAACGAGUGGAAUAAGUGCUUCGAAAAUUGGCUCGAGUGCAUGCAGAAAAUACUUCGAAAAAUAAUAAAGUCAUUUAAAACUACCCACCGUGUUGUUUUAUUUCCAUAUGCAAAACUUAAAAGACAUC